AUGAGAGAAACUUUGGGCGAAGUAGCCCUGAACAGGCAAGACAAUGAAAAAGAUAUCCCUUUCUUCGCCCCAGAAUCGGAAGAUAUCUCUGAUGGAGAAGAGUCUGUCCAUCCUGCAUUGAAAGACGCUGGUAUCCUUUGCGAGGGCCAAGAAGCCAUGUGGGUAGAGGAUGACGUUAGCGAAAUUUUCCGCAGGGCAUCAUCAGACGAUAAAUAUGAGAGCAAAAGAAAGAAUACUUUCAAACUGUUCCGCGGCAAGAGGAAAGCUCAAAAGGCCGUUGUACUUCUGCCUCCUCAACCCGUCGACAAGGAAGAUGUCGAGAAUCAAGAAAACCAGCCGGCUCCAGAAAACAACGACGACCAAGCCCCCAACAACAUGAACGAAUCUCACAAUAGCUUGGACGGAGACGAGCAAAAACUAAGAGAAGAAGAGAUGAAGGAAAAGGAAGGAAGCAAUGUUGACGAAGACCCCAAGUUUGAAAGUGCAGAAGAAACCAAUGAACAAGAACAAGAGGAAGACGUCGAAGACGUGGUCCACGGCUCCAUUGAUAUUCCUGAUGAGAUUCUUGAGGAAAUGCAUCUACAGGGUGAAGAUGCUGUAGAAAGAGCAAGAAAAGACCUCGAUUCAGAAGGUUCCGAUUCGAAGUCACAGAUCUCUUCCCUCGGAUUGACUACCGACUCACUUGGUUUAGAGGAGGAGUAUGGUGUCGAGAUGAAUAUUCCUUCGUCUGGAAAAGCUGUUGAAAUUGUUGGGACUGGCCCUAUGAUACUCGAGCCGGAAACCAUCAUGCAAGCGGACGAAAAGGAAGGAAAAGAUUCCAACGGCAAGAAAGCUAAAUGGGGUCUGCUGCGAAUGUUUAAGAGCAAGCCCAAGCAUCAAAAGGUUUCGUCCAAUUCUACCGAAGAUGUACCCCUUGAAAAGAUUGAGGCAGUAGAAAGUGAGACCGAAGGUACUUCUUCGGGUCCAACUCUCAACGAACCAGAAACGUCGGCAUCAAUACCCGUAGAUGAUUCGUCCUAUCACGAACCAGACCGAUAUUCUGUGGCCGCUCCAAAAGCUGCUCUUGCUGAUGAUAUGGAAGAAUGUGAUUCAUUCUCUGACGAUGAAGAGGAAGCUCCUGAUAGCUUUCAUCAGUCUGAGGAAGACGAAGACAAGGAAGAAGAAGACGAUGACGUCGACGAUAGGUACAGGAUCGGUCCUCCAAAGAAGUCAAACAGCGAAAGUAAUGAUGGUGAAAGUGUUGUCUCUGUAGAACAGGAAAUGAUCCCAAAUCGUGCUGAGGAUAGAAAACCUGUAAUCUCACUGCAAAUCGAUUGUCACGAAGAGGCCACAGUCGUGAACAACGUCGACCCUUCCGUUGAAAAUGCUGAUGGACCACCGAGUGUCCAUAAUUCCCCGGAGCUUCGAGUAGACGAGGUCGACAAGGUGGACGAUAUUGCGGAGCAGGAAGAAGAAAAUUUGACUGCGAACGAAGCGACUAUUCGAGAUGAGAAGACUACAAAGCGAAAGAGUAAAUUUGGAGGGAUUUUUGGGCGACGAAAGACAAAAAUUGCUGGUAAGAAGACAUCCAGAGUACAGAAAGCUUCCAAGGCUUCCAAGGCAGACGAGAGCCUUUCUAUGGAAGCUGACGAAAUGGUCAAAAAUCAGCCACCCAAUCCGUCAUCCAAUCCGUCGAAGACCCCAAAAGAACCGAAACGCGCCGAACGAUCUCCAGUUGCCAGCAUCAAGGGAGACUCCAUGACAGUUAUUGCCAAUGCAAUCAGCAAGGGAGCUCUAAUGGCUGUUGAAUCCAACCUUGAGACAGAAGGCACCAUUAAAUCAAGAAGACUUCGGACAAGAGCCGACUCUAGCAAAGAUGUCAUUGAUUUGAUCCGAGAAAGAACUCAGAAGUACAAUGGUAAGAGGCAAGACCCGCUUGAUUCGUCCAACAUUGGACUUCGGAUGUCGAUGUCAAAAGAUCCCUCCGGAACAGCUUUGUCUGAGCCAAAAACAGAACAGAAGGAGAGGAAAUCACUGAUGCAUCUAGCUCCAACGCCUCGUGCGAAGAAAACGGUUGACGAAAAGCUGAACGAGGAGCAUCCCAGCAGUGAAAUCAGUCACCAACAACAGAUUACAGAAAGACUUUAUGGCAACUCUGAAGGAAAGAGCAAUGUGCGACCUGCGACGAAGGUCAGCAACAUUGAAGACUUGCUGAAAGGCGUAAGCACCGACCCAACGGUCGACAGCGUGGUCAGUGAUGAAAAGGAAACGAAUGUAGUUGUGGCAGCGAUCUAG